AUGGCCUCGCCCGUGCUCCGGUCGCCCGACCUCCUCGUGGCGAUCGCAUCGUAUCAAGAAGGACUACCGGAAGACUUGGCCAUCGUCCAGCGCCUCGCCGACGCCGUCGAGCUCACGCCGUGCUCACCGUUUGCAAAUUGUAACCAAACGGGGUACCUCGCCAACGUCCCGGCCCGGUUCGCGUCGUUGCCGUACCUCCAGCG